AGGGAAAAAAAGUUGGCAGGCCGACAGCAGAGCUGUGUCUGCAUCCAUCUCCGAGAGGAGGCCCGUGUGGUGUGGGGCGGGCCAGGAGCAAGGAGAGGCCUUCCUCCCUUUGUGCUCCCCCUCCUCUCCUCCCCCAGGGGCCCUAUAAAUAGGCCCAGCCCAGGCUGUGGCUCAGCUCUCAGAGGGAGUCAAGCACCAGGCGGCGGACUCAAGCCAAGCCCCCUGCCAACAUGGCCAGCGAGUUCAAGAAGAAGCUCUUCUGGAGGGCGGUGGUGGCCGAGUUCCUGGCCAUGACCCUCUUCGUCUUCAUCAGCAUUGGUUCUGCCUUGGGCUUCAACUACCCCUUGAAGAACAACCAGACGUCGGGUGCGACUCAGGACAACGUGAAGGUGUCACUGGCUUUCGGGCUGAGCAUCGCCACGCUGGCCCAGAGCGUGGGCCACAUCAGCGGUGCCCACCUCAACCCGGCCGUCACGCUGGGGCUGCUGCUCAGCUGCCAGAUCAGCAUCCUCCGGGCCGUCAUGUACAUCAUCGCCCAGUGCGUGGGGGCCAUCGUCGCCACCGCCAUCCUCUCAGGCAUCACCUCCUCCCUGAGCAACAACUCUCUCGGCCGCAAUGAGCUGGCCCCUGGCGUGAACUCAGGCCAGGGCCUGGGCAUCGAGAUCAUCGGCACCCUGCAGCUGGUGCUGUGCGUGCUGGCCACCACUGAUCGGAGGCGCCGUGACCUCGGGGGCUCAGCACCCCUUGCCAUAGGCCUCUCUGUGGCCCUGGGACACCUGCUGGCUAUCGACUACACUGGCUGUGGUAUUAACCCUGCCCGGUCCUUCGGCUCGGCGGUGAUCAGCCACAACUUCAAGGACCACUGGAUUUUCUGGGUGGGGCCGUUCAUCGGGGGAGCCCUGGCCGUGCUCAUCUACGACUUCAUCCUGGCCCCACGCAACAGUGACAUCACAGACCGCAUGAAGGUGUGGACCAGCGGCCAGGUGGAGGAGUAUGACCUGGAUGCUGAGGACAUCAACUCCAGGGUGGAAAUGAAGCCCAAAUAGAGGGGGCCUGGCCCAGGCAUCCACGUGGGGGGCAGGGGUAGGGGCGGGCGGAGGGAGGGGAGGGGUGCAUCCAUAUUGUAGACACUCUGACAAGCUGGCCAAAGUCACUUCCCAAAGAUCUGCAGGACUUGCGUAGUCAAGCCCGACUUGAGGCUGUUUCUGUCACUUUCUCUUUCUCUGUUUCCUGGCCUCGGGCCUUCCUGGAGACCAGAUUUAUCACUCAGCCACUCCCUUGAAGUCGCAGAGGAGGUGAAAGAGAGGGACCCAUCCUAAUUAGUCGUCCCCUCAGAGUGUGACUGGAGGUAUGCCAGAAAGCGCCCCUCGUCCCAAAGUUGCUCACCAACUCACCUGCCGCAGGUGCCUGAGGUUUCACUGUUAUUGCUUUGUGCCUUUGGGCAUGGCCCUCUUUCUUGUAACGUGCACUUUGUCCCAAGGGUGCUUCGAGGGGAAGACACCCCAGGAGGGGCCGCGCUGGGGGCACGUGGCGACAAGCUCUGUCCAUGCAGCUUGCCUUGCUUCCGGCGCCCUCCCUUGGAUGUGCUGCAUAAUCUUGGCAUCAUCCUCGUCUUGGGGCCACACGGACCCCAUCUGUAAAGUGGCGGGGAUAGGGAGAGCUCAGGGGCCUGAGGCACCUCGCUAGAAUCUUGUAAGCGUAGCCGCACCGUGGGUUCUGGAAGACAUAAUCUGGACCGAUGCUGCUUCUUGUGCGGGCCCUCACCCCAAGUGCCUAGCUAGCUGCACCUGCGCGUCUGUGUGAACUCGUGUACAUGAGCUCGCAUGUUUCAAAGCAGCAAGCAACAGACAAUUGAGCCGUUGGAGGUCCCCACUCCUGGGGGAGCAGGACUGAUCCUUCUGCAGUGGCUUCACCAGACAGGGUCUGCUGCUCCAGGACAAAGGCCAUUUAGAGGGCGAAGGAGAGAGGCAUGCCCACGUUUCUUCAUCGAGUUUUAGUUGGUCUUUUCUACCUAUCAUUGCAUCAUCUUGCUCAUUAUUCUGUUCUCUACUUCCUCCUGCCAGUGUAGACACAGGUCACUGUCAGGCAGGUGUGUGUUUAUUAAAAAGCAGGUGUUUAUCUGAA